AUGCGCGCUUCAAGAGUUUUAUUGAAUUCGGCAAGGAAUGCCAAACCCAAGAUCACAUAUCCAGUCGAAAUGACCCCGUUGUUUGUGGUUGUUGGGGUUGCCGUUGCUUCGGGCUGUUUCUUCACGUGGAGGCACUUGACAUACGACAAAGAGUUGAGGUUAUGGAAAAACGCCAAUUUGUCAGAGUUGGACAGAGUUUUGGACAAGGCUGAAAAAGAUGGAAGCAAAUAA